CUGACCUGCUUCAUCGGAAGCGUGGGUGACGUGGAACCCGUGCGACUGACAGCGCGGGGGGUGUGACGCCAUCAGACGUCGACUGGCUCCGAGGCGUAUUUGUUGUGGGGAUGGACUUCACAGAAUGCUACGAAGACACGGUGUCCGGCGUUGCUGCUGCAGCCCGCUCAGGACGCAGGGCGCGGCUAAGGAGGCUGAUCCAGAGAGGCUGCAGCGUGGACUGUCGGGAUAACCGCGGCUGGAACCCUCUGCACGAGGCGGCAGCGGCCGGCAGUAAAGAGUGUGUGCAGGAGUUGUUGUCUGCAGUCAGCGCGAGCUCCUCCAGACGUCGGCGGGAUUACGCAAACUCUUCCACCCAUGAGGGGGAAUCGGCAUGCUACCUGGCAGCGCAGCGGGGACACCUGCCGGUGGUCCGGCUCCUCCUGAAAGCCAACGCUGACCUCAACCAGCAGACCAACGACCUCUCUUGUCCUUUAUAUGCAGCUGUGGACAACGGGCACACGGAGGUCGUGAAGCUCUUGGUCAGGAAAGGUGCAGAGGUCAACCGGAUACACACCGCAUCCUGCUGGACCUGCCUGCAUCAAGCUGUUUACAAGGGCCACAGCAGCAUUGUGCGUGUUCUCGUUAAGGUUUGCGACCUGGAGGCCCAGGAUGACCACAGGAUCUCCCCGCUGUUUGUGGCCGCACAGUACGGACAGAGGGAAUGCCUGGAGCUCCUCGUUCAGGCGGGUGCCGACGUGAACACGCAGGCGGCCGAUCUGGCGACGCCGCUGAUGAUCGCCUCGCAGGAAGGCCACCAGGCCUGCGUGGAUCUGCUGCUGGAUCACGGGGCCGAUCCUAACAUGGCCUGCAGCACCGAGUGGCCGCAGUUCCCCAUUCAUGCCGCCGCUCAGUUCGGACACGUCAGUAUUCUACGCAGGCUGAUCGAGGUGACUGACCGGACGUGCGACCGGGGCGAAGGCAUGGUCAGCCCGCUGUAUGUGGCCGUCCACAGCGAGCAGGCCGGCAGCGUGGAGCUGCUGCUGCAGGAAGGUUACAGCCCAGACGCUCAGGAAUACGAAGACACCCUGGGUUUCCCUUCUCCGCUCUCCCUGGCGUUAAAUCAGACAUUCACCAAACCGUGCAGUGAUAUAAUAAAGCUGCUGCUCACUGCGGGAGCAACUUUAAAUGCAGAGGAGUGGACUUAUGCCCUAGCCACCGACAGAGCCGACCUGCUGGAACUGAUCCUGGCCUACAGGUGGAUCCCUCGGCCAGAAGCUUUAAAAGGGGGCUUUUCAGCAUCGCGCCGUCAUGGGAAGCUGCCGCUGAAGCUACAGGAGCUGAGGGAACUGAUCUGUGUAGCGUUGAGCCAAGUGGAGUUUGCUUCCUGUUGGCUUUCUGUCCUUCUGAGCAAAGGACUAGAACCAUCUUUGCUGCUGCACCCGCAUAUGCUGGAGAAGGCGGACAGUGAUGUGUUGAACUUUCUGCUUGAGUUUGUAAACUGGUCAACUCUUUGUCCUUCUCUGAAGACCGUUUUGGACCAGAGGCUGGCAGAGAAGACCUGGGAGCCACACGCUCAUUUUGAUUCGGUUCCCUGUCUUUUCCACCUGUGCCGGCUGAAGGUUCGGGAGGUGCUGGGGCCGGAUCAGCUGAUGAGGACCGAUAUAGUCCAGCAGCUGCCUGUUCCGCCUCCGCUUUGUGAUUUUCUCAAAUUCAGGAACGUCCAAGAACCUUCCUACACGCACCCGCCGCCAUCACCUGUCAUAAAUCGCAUCGAGAGACACCGCAGCACGCACAAACACAGACAUGUUCUGUAAAUCUGAUUUUCCCCAUUUUGUUUCUCUUGUGCCGAUUUAAAGGUGUUGAGAUCCGUAUUUCACAUUGAAAUAGCACUCCAUAUGGGACCCACAGAGAUAACUGUCUAAAAAGUGUAUAUGUGCACUGGUCUGUCUUGUGGAAAUGUUCCAUAUAACUUCCUUAUGUUGUUACCAGUUAAUAUUCAGGAUUUUUGGCUUUCUCGAAUGUGGUAAAGAAAAUAAAAUUAUGUUUUUUUUAAUAA